AAGAGCUGCUAGCGGAUAGCGAUGUUUACGGUCGGAUCUGACACCGGGCGUCAUAUCGUUUGCGCGCUCACACAGAUUUGACGGACGUCUGUUUUUAUGGUUUUACCGAGAUGUGUAACCGAGAAGAUGUUUUCACAAUGACAGGACGAUGCGAUCAGUGUCAGACCAGGUGAACACGCUCUUCUAUUGUUGCUCAUAUCGUGGAAGAUUUGAAGAUCACUGAUGGCGUCAAAAUCUAGGGUCUCCAUUCUGGAUUACUUCAAUAUCGUCUGUGAGGGAGAAAAUGGCAAAAUUGAAUCAAACUGCAAAGCUUGUGGCACAAGGAUUCAGGCUAAACGGACAGUGACUUCUAACUUUGUUACACAUUUAAAGCGCAAACAUCAGGCCAUGUAUGAUGAGUUUGUGAGGAAGAAAGACGUGAAAAGGGAGGCAAUGCAGACGUGUACUGGCCCUCCAAGUGGUCGAGUGAUCUCUCAAAGUGGUGCUGGAAUGAACAAGUUUGACUACAGUGACCCUCGCCAAUCCCUAAUUUCAGAAGCCAUCGCCAAGAUGAUCAUCCGAGACCUGCAGCCGGCACAGAUAGUGGAAUAUGAGGGUUUUCGUGAGCUUCUUCAGCUCCUGGAGCCCCGUUACAUACCAGUACCAUGCCAUUAUAUACAACAGCAGCUCCUGCCAGCCUAUGUCUCCCAAGUGCAACUAGCUGCCAAACAGGCUUUAAAAGGAGCCGAGUCCUGCAGUGUGACCCUUGACCUGUGGAGAAGCAGCUCUGUGGGUAAUAACAGUGGUGCUGGGUUUCUUGGAGUGACUUGCCAUUUCAUUAACGUAGACUGGCACAUCAGAUCCGCUCUUUUGGCAUGCUUACCUCUUCCAGACCACAGCAACACUCAGCAAAUGCUCAGCGAGUUUGAUGAGAUCUCCGAGUCCCAUGGCAUGUCUGGCAAAGUGUUCAGAGUCGUUGCAGACUUGUCGCCCUGUGAAAACAGAUCGGCUUUUCAUCUUCCUGGGUUCAGUCUCAUUGGAAAUGGUGAAGAAGAUGAGGAAGAUGGUAGCGAUGAAGAGUCCAGUGCAGGGGAAGCCAAAGAAGCCAUUAGUAGCAACGAGAACAACAAGUCUUUAGAUCAGUGUCUUGGUCGAAGUAGGAUAGACUGCUUUGCUCGAUUACUAGCUCAGUGUGUUAAGGAAGGAGUUUGUGCUUCCCCUCAAAUAUCGGUUCCUCUAAACAAAGGAGCCCACCUGUAUAACUACAUAAUUGCUACAGUGGCUCCUGAAAAACUUGUCCAAGUGUUCGGCUCCAGCACCUCAACAAAUUGGCAAAGACCCUCAUUCACAGACAAGUGGAACGCUCAGUUAAAAAUAUUACGGCAAAUGGUAGAGUCAAUGGAUUUUCUUGAAGACAUUGUAGAUAGAAAUGACCUAGUCCUCGGUAACUUAGAAAAAGCAGAGCUACGGGAGCUGGUUGAGGUGUUGGAGCCUUUUGAGGAGGCCUCAGACAUGGUCCAAGGAGACAAGCAUGUGUCCAUCAGCCUAGCCCUGCCCUGUGUGCUAGGUCUGCGCAAGCACCUGGCUGAGGUCGUAACUCACCAGUGCUCUGGGAUUGUGAUGGGAUUGUCUCAAGCUCUGGACCGCAGACUGGCAGGCAUUCUUGAGGACCCUCUUUAUGUAACAGCCACCACCCUGGACCCACAGUUCAAGCUGUCCUGGAGCAGUGACAGCGGCUGGCACAAACAUGUGCUGCUGGAAGAGGUUCGAAAGCAUACUCGGCCUUUGAGUCCACUAGAACAUCACUCAGAGGCCCAGCCGUCACCGUCCAAACGCUGCAAGCUGUUCUCUUUCAUUAAGCAGAGGCCGACCGCCCAGGCCAAGACUGUGGAGCAGGAACUGUCCACAUAUCUCCAUGAAGAACCCACAGAUGAGGAUCCACUACAAUACUGGAAACGCAAGUCCAUUGAUUUCCCCCUACUCUCACAAGUAGCCAAAAAAGUUUUUACCGUGCCAGCAACAACCACAUCAGUGGACCAGAUAUUUAACCUGGUUAGCAAGACGCUCAGACCAGAGCAAUGCCGACUUCUGCCAAAAAACCUGGACACUCUGAUUUACUUGAAGGCUAACUAUAGGAUACUUUGGUCCUAACUGCAAAGAGAGCUUUUUCUUUGGAUUUUCUUUGUAAAACGCAACAGGAUCAUGCAAGUGCAGUGCACACUGUACUUAUACUUGAUUAAUUGUUAAGUAUUUGCAUAAUAAUUCUCCUUCACUAUCCGCAUGACAUAGAACCCCAGAAAACACACUAUUCUUGUAGCCAAAUGCUUUCUCAGAACACCUUUAAGAAAAAGAAUAGUACAUUUCCAGCUAAAUUAAACGUUAUUAAACAUUUGGUGUAUAAUAGUUAGCUUUAUAUUAAUCUAAGGAAAGAACUGGUCAAAUAGAGUUACUGUGUGGCUGACAGGCUUUUUGUGUGGGUUCUUUGUGUACAAAACCCACAAGGUAGAAAGCUGCAGGCAGGUUCUGUAAUUGAAAAUAAUUACAUUUCAGGCCUAUGGGGAAUCGGAGAACGCUGAUGGUGGACUGCAGUCUCUCGCUUGCAGGGCUGAACCGAGAGCAAUCAAGCCUGUGGGAUAUUAAGAAGAGUUGUUGUGCAUUAAGGACCUUUUGUUGUGAAAAAGACAUUUCCAUUUAAGUAAAAGUGUUUGUUAUUAAACCUGACAUUUUGUCCUGUCAUAACUGCUGGGUCAAACAAUAAUAUGCCAAAGGUUAAGCAAUUUCAAGGUCUUUAUAGCACAAUCACUGAUGUCAGUGUGUGCAUUUACAUUUACAGCACACUUGUGCAUCACAACAGAGUUUAUGCGUGCUUGUAUUCUGAUCAUGUGGAGAAGAAAAUAGCAAAAGGACAUUCAAUCAAUAAACUCAAUUUCAAACAGAUUUAUGUGUAAGGCGGGGCAGCACU